AUGCCUCCUAGAAGUCGGAAAGCCAAACAAGGAAGUUCGCUGGCCAAGCCGAAAGAUGAUGGACCCCACGCGAGCGAAAAUCGUACCGAGCAGCACGACUCACCGGUACGCUCAGUAACAUAUGAGGUUCCAUUCGACAAGAAGAGCAUUACAUGUGAGCGACACGGUUCUGAAAGUGGCAAGCCAGGCCUUAUCUUCACGCACGGUGCAGGAGGAGGGAUCUCGAACCCGGCAACUAAGUUGUUCGCCGAGGGCAGCGCAUCUCGCGAUACUGCAACGGUAUGUUUUGAGGGCAGCAUGAACCUGCAGUCUCGAGUCAAGGCCUUUCACGCUGUUGUCGAACACGAGAACGGCCAAUCCGCCGCGCUCGGAGGCAGGAGCAUGGGAGCUCGUGCUGCGGUUCUGGCGGCGAAAGAACACCAAACGCAAGCUCUGGUUCUGGCAUCGUAUCCCUUAAUUGGCCAGAAUGGGGAUCUCAGAGAUCAGAUCCUGCUGGAAGCUGAUGCUGAUAAAGACAUCUUGUUCAUUUCCGGGGAUGCUGACAACAUGUGUCCGAUUGAGCGACUGAACCGCGUUCGAGCUAAGAUGAAGGCCCACACAUGGCUCGCAGUGGUCAAAGGUGCAGACCACGGCAUGGCUUUGAAGCCCAAAGACGCGGUGGAGAAGAUGCGCAUCUACACAGGAAGACUCGCUGCGCAAUGGCUGUCGAAGAGGGACAGCGCAUCUACUGAAUGCUCACUUCGAUGGGAUGCCCACCAACACGAAGUAGUUGACGGGGGUUGGAAGGCACCAGUCACAUCUACCUCUGUUUCUUCGAAGCGGCCGCCUCCAGUACGUGGUCAGCAGGCUGAAGACGCGUCUGAAGGACCGUCCAAGAAACAGAAGAAAACGUAA